UUUGUGAUUGUAACAUUGUAACACCAGGUUUCGUGGAAUCAGUUUAUUUCCAAUACGCUGUUUAGUAAUGAGUCUUCUAAAAAUUUAUUCCUUAAAAACAGUUCCACGCAAUUUGCGGAUCGAGCUAGACAAACGAUGUAUCCUAAGGUUUUGCUCUGCCACAAACUCUAUGACAAACAGAGAGCUCACAUCUGAGAUGAAACUGGAAAUGGAGCAAAAAUGGCGUAGCAACUUGGGAGACCACCGAUUUGACCCACACUGCACUAGUCGACCAAAACGCUACGUACUGUCCAUGUUUCCGUAUCCGUCCGGAAAUCUUCACAUGGGCCACGUACGGGUAUAUACGAUUAGUGACGCAAUGGCUAGAUUUUACCGGUUAACCGGUGCCAAUGUGCUACAUCCGAUGGGCUGGGACGCGUUUGGUUUACCGGCGGAAAAUGCUGCCAUGCAGCGGCAUAUUCCUGCCGACUUAUGGACUAAGCAGAACAUAGCGCAAAUGAGGCAACAGUUCGAUAUGUUGCAGUUCAGCUUUGACUGGCAGCGGGAAUUUGCGACCUGUGAUCCGGAAUAUUACCGGUGGACGCAAAAGCUGUUCCUGAUGCUUUACGAUGAUGGCUUGGUGUAUCGCAAAAAGGCACUCGUUAAUUGGGAUCCGGUUGAUGAAACCGUGCUGGCUGACGAGCAGGUUGAUGCCAAUGGCUGCUCGUGGCGGUCCGGGGCGAAGGUUGAAAAGAAAGUUCUCAGUCAGUGGUUUAUAAAAACAACGAAAUUUGCCAAAUCACUGUAUGAUGGUCUUUCCGAUCCUAUACUGGAGGAUUGGAAGGAUAUUAUAAAGUUGCAAAAACAUUGGAUUGGUGAGUGUGAUGGUUAUGUAUUUGAUCUCAAAGUAGCUGGAAGCCAUGAUUUCGUUCCUGUUUGGGUCAAAGACCCAAGGCAGAUAAAAGAAGCACUGUUUGUUGCUGUUAGAUCCUCAAAUUUGCUCAAUGAGUCACAUGUUAAAUCAGGCAGAUUAAGUAUAGAAGUUGAAAAUCCAAUUUCGAGACGCCGUAUUCCUGUUAUCGUCACGGAUGACAUAGAGUUUCCUGAAGGAAGCGAUUAUUAUUUAGGAGUAGCGUCGGCUGAAGCAGAUCGUCAGCUAGCUAUUUCAUACCAAUGUGAAACAGAAAUUGGGGCCCAAGGCGAUUCCAGCGAAGAAAACAUUUUGCAACAAGCCGCUGAUCUUGAAACAGACGUUUAUCCGUCGAGUUCCAAGCUGCGUGAUUGGCUAAUAUCCCGCCAAAGAUUCUGGGGAACUCCUAUUCCCAUUGUACACUGUUCAACCUGUGGAACUGUGCCUGUACCGGACAUUAUGUUACCGGUUCAGCUACCACUUGACUGUGUAGGAACGCCCCUAUCUCAGAACGAAGGUUGGAUUAAAACUAACUGUCCUAAGUGCGGUUCCGAAGAUGCACGGCGCGAAACAGAUACAAUGGAUACAUUUGUAGAUAGUUCUUGGUAUUUUUUAAGGUUCUUGGAUUCCACAAACAAGAAGCAUCCAUUCGAUCCAGACCGAGCGCGUCAACUUAUGCCUGUGGAUCUUUACGUCGGAGGCAAGGAGCAUGCCGUUCUGCAUAUGUACUAUGCAAGGUUUAUGAACCACUAUCUGCACAGUAAAGGUUUAGUGCCAUCGCCGGAACCAUUCAAGCGACUGCUGAUACAAGGAAUGGUCAUGGGACGUUCGUUCCGCUUGAAGGGCAGCGGUCGAUAUCUUCCGGCAUCGGAGGUUGAUAUCGUAGAUGAUAAAAAGAACAAAGCAAUAGAAAAAACUUCCGGGGAACCGGUUGUGGCUAUGUGGGAGAAAAUGUCCAAAUCGAAACUGAAUGGUGUUGAUCCUUUGGAUGUACUAAAGCAGCAUGGGUGUGAUACUUUAAGACUAAUUAUGCUAGCAGAUGUUGCACCAACUUCGCACAGAAACUGGUCGGAAGCAACAUUCCCGGGUAUUUUAAACUGGCAAAAGCGUAUUUGGAUGACAAUGCACGAUUUCCGAUUGCUUCGGCUAAAAAUAGCCGAAGGACAAACAGCACCGGAAACGGAAGAAUUUCGCCAACAUGAUCAAAAACUGUGGGAUGCACGAAAUUACUUUGUCGCGGGUGCCACAUUUAACUAUCGCCAUUCACACCAGUUGAGUGUGGGCAUUUCCAAGAUGCAGGGUUUAACGAACGCAAUCCGUCGAGCGGGACCGGAUGUAGUGGCCUUCAGCAGACAGUACGAACGUGCGAUUGCAGCGCAAAUAAUUAUGCUAGCUCCAAUGGCCCCGCACUUUGCGUCUGAGCUGUGGGAGCGGUUCUUGGCGCUCCCUCACCGAUUGAACGUCAGCUCGGAAGAGAUUCAGUGGGAGAAAGGAUUGUUUGAGCAGAACUGGCCUGUGGUUGAAGAGGAUUACGAGCUAGAUUUGACCUUUAAGGUCAAUGCUUACGAAUGCUGCCUGGUGAAGGUACCAACAAAAGAGUUGAAUCAACUCACUCACCAGCAGUCGCUGGAUAUUGCCUUCGAACAACCAGCUGUGUUAAAGUAUAUUGGACGACGGAAAGUUCGCAGCACUAAUUUUGUGUUAUAUCCCAGUUGUGAUGCGAUUUUGAAUAUCCUGGUGGAACAGUCAUCCAACCAGGACGCAGAAAGCUCCUCUGAUGAACCGGAGGUUAAAGGUAAAAAAGCGAAGAAAGUUAAAAAAUCAAAAAAGGGCCAGAAAGUAGAGGUUAAUCAAUAGUGAAUAUAAAACGUACUGAAAUAACCGAACGAAGCCGUGUGUUCUGAUGUAGAAAUGAAAGCGUAUGUUAUGUUAUAAGUUUGUUAAGAUCUGAACGAUUCCCUGGAUUUCAUAGGCCACAAAUACGAAUAUCAAACAGACAGAAGGAGCAUUGAAACUAAAAGAAUUGAAAACAGGAUUAUGGUAUUUACAUAUUUUGUUAUACUUGUAUUAAAAUAUUCAAAAUGAAUACGUAGAUAAUCAGUAUAUAGUGGAUGGCACACAAGAAAUGCCACAAUGGAGAAUUACCUAUAAGAAAAAAGAAGAAAAU